ACAAAAAGUUUAUAGGUAGGGCAACACAUCCAACAAUUGUAUCAUACAUCCUGGUAUGAUUUAUCCCAGUGUAACGAAAUGAAAUGAAAUAUUAAUACCUGAAACAUUUUAAAUAAAAAUUGAGGAUGAUUCCCACAAAACUGCAUUUUCUAAAAGUUUUUUUUUUAAAGAUAUAUAUAUAUAUUUUUAAUUUUCAGAAUUCACAAUUUUCAUUUUCACCACCAGAACUGCCACUCACUGGAUACUUUCUCUUUUUCAUACCGUUCUCUGUAAACCAUAGAGAUGGUUGUGCAUUCCAGUUUCUGCCCAUUUGACCAUAUUCAAUGCCACUUAGGCUGCAUUUAAGCUACAAUAAAGUUCUCGAUGCCAGAUUGAUGCUUGAUGCUUUCAAGUGCUUUGUUGUCAGAAAGAAUCAAAUGUAGCAUCCCAUUAGUUGACAAUCAUAUAAACAUUCACCACACUAUAGAGCUUGAUGACGAAUCUGGAAUUUUGUCCAAUAAUUGCAAAUAAUUUUGACUUUCAGCAGAUUGUCUUGACCAUGUCUGCAUGCCUAAAAGCAUUGAGUUGCUGCCAUGUGAUUGACCUACCUGAUGUCAUGAUGAAAACCUAUCUGUGCAAGCAUUUUCACAAGACGUGAAAAACAGUACGUACCCUGCUGUUUCCAACAGAAAUUAACACUAGUUUACACAUUGAGUACUUGUAAAUGUUUUUGUACACAGUUAUGAUUACAGCUUCGCUUUCUGGACAUAACAAGUUUGUUUGGUAGCUCAGCCGACACAGAACUGGAUUUAGGAUGCGGAAUCCUUGGAUAUGAAUCUCAUGAAAAAUAUGUCUCAUGAUGAAAGAGCAAAAAGAUGAGACAUUAAAAAAUGACUGCUUGCGAUUGUGUUUUUACGUCACAUUAACUUUUGUUCAUACUGUCGGGUAGGUUUAAGAGUAGAGCAGAUGGGACGUUAUUUUAAAACGUCACAGAGCAUUAGAGUUACAGCGCAACUCAACGACAUUUCAAGUCUGAACUGCGGUCUGACACGUUUAAAACCAACGUCAUAUAAAACAUACAUUCAUCUCUUCUGGGGAAAAACAAACACUCUUUUAGACAUUUUACAUCGAAUAUGUCACGAAGCGUACAUGGAGGUACGAUUUUUGCAUCUUGGUACGUUUUCACCAUGAAAUCAGGUUGCGGGUGGCUGAUUAGAUAUUUCUGUUAACAAACACACAUGCAAAGAUACAUUUAUGGCCUAGAAACUUCAAUCGCUUUUUUCUGAGAUUUCAGAAUUUUAUUAAUUUCUAUGAUUAGGCCUGAAAAUAACACUCAAAUUACCUUUUUUUUUUUUGCUAGCUUUAAUUGUGCAAAACAAUGUUUAUUAAUAAUCUCCUUAAUAAAUGAAUGUUUUUACUUUGCUGUGCAUAUGUUUUACCAACAUGUUGCAUCUUGUAAAAGGCCAUUAAGUACAAUAGGCUAAGAGAGAAAUGUGCUGUAUACGCAUCUCCACCAACUGCUGUUGGGUUACACUAAAGUGAAUCUCUUGUGUCAUCAGGAACAGUGAGAGCAGUUUCAUUUUCAUUUCCAGUGCACAAGCUACCUUUCACCAUAACAAAGCGUCACAAGCCUGACAUGCUGGGGAACCUUCAGUGCCUGAGGGAAAUGAAAUUACGUCAUACGCUACAGAACAAUGCAUCUUAUCCUUCUGAUAAAAUAAUGCUUUACCGUUACAGCUGGGUGUUUUCUCGUAAUACUUCUCUGCUUCUCGAACUCGUUACAUGUUAUAUUCUGUUUUUCAGUUGUCUGAAAAGUCAGUGUUCAUUUCUAAUAAUUAUUUAAUUACCAUAAUAACUACAUUUUAUAAUAAGAAUAUUAUACAUUUCAUAAGCGUGCAUGCAAAACUAUCUUUAACUAAAAUGAUAACAAAAAAACAUAAAAACUAGUAUAAGCAAUAAACAAGCAUAAAAUGCACUAAAACAUAUUUAAAUUGUUAAAAAAAUAUAAAUAUACUUAUACUAGAAAUCAUAUUUAAACUGUGAAAAAACAGUUGCAACUGUGCUCUAAUGAGCCGCCCUCAGUAUCAGUAAAACGCCCCCACUGACAGGAACUUCCUCAGGUAAUACCAGAAUUUGGGCAUCACCUACCUGACAGGUGUGGUCAGUGUUCCUGGCCUGUUUCAUUUUGACCCAGCCUGACAAGUGUGGAAUGCCAGGUGUCACUUCUAAAGGUAUAAAAGGCAGAGCACAAUGUCACAUCAGCAUCUCACAGCAUCUCAGCUUCAGCUGCACUCACUGGAAAACAGUACAACCACAGCAGAAAAUAUGUUCUGGAUUAGGAUCACCAUCGUUUGCAUGUGCAUAUCCCUGCUGGAAGCCCAUAAGGAGUGCGCAAGACACAUUAAAUGGAAGCAUCUCAUUCAGUCAUUAAAUUCAAUGGGCACUGCGAUAUCUCACGACUGUGCAUUUGAUUAUGAAGAAGCCAGUUUGUGUGAUCCACGUCAUCUGGCCAAUAUGGUGGAUCAUAAUGCAGUUCUUCUGGUCGACAUUGUCAAGAAAACAGAAACGAUGUACAGGGGGAAUCCAAACCCACAGACGUUCAUUGAAGCCCUUCAUCACACCCGUCACACCCUCAGCAACUGUAUUCAUCACUCUGACAAUGCUGAAAAUGAGCCUGUGACCGCAUGCUUCAACAAAUUAGAAGCUUUUCUUAAGAAAAAGUCCCACUCGCAGUGUGCAUGGGAAAUUAUAAAUUCAAAAGUGCGGGAGGUUCUUCAGAAGCUGGAGAAACGCUCUGUCAGAGGACGGCGUUAGAAACUUUAGCAUGCAUGUGUUAAUGCUUAUAUUUAAUUGCAAAAAAGGUGACAUUUUAUAAGCUUGAUGGAUAUAUGUAUAUAUUUUAAGAAAUGCACAUUAUAUAAAAAAUGUUUCAAAUUCAUGAUUUAUUGAGUUUAUUUCUGUGUGAGAUAAACUUGAUCGAUAUUUAGUAGUACAGAUUUAGUUUUUCUAUUUUUCUAAUAAAACUGUAAUGAAAUGCAAACACUAAAUGUGACAAACAGAACGUGAGGUUAUUAUCAUGAUUAUUUAUUUGUAUUGGUUUUAAAAUGUGUGUUUGCUAUGCUAUUGUUAGUAUAUGAUCUGAAUGUCUGACAUAUCCAUUUGUACUAAUACUACCUAAUGUUACAAUGUUACUACCUAAUGUUAAUGUUCUUGAACAAACAUAAUAAAGAAACCUUAUAAAAUUACCACUCUGUUAUAUAUGGUGUUUAACACUGUUUUUACAUUGGUACAACAUCUACAUCAACAAAUUGGACAGUAUAGUGGGCAACUUUUUGGACAAUGUUGCCGUCAAUGGGCAACCGACACAAGGCACACAACCAAUCUAAAAUAUCCCGAUAAAUGUGUAUUUUUUUUUUUUUAUUUUUUUUUUUUACUUAUCCAUAGAUGUGUGCCCAUGUGACUUUGUAAUCUAAAGCACACAUUUUAAGUGCAUUUUCAUAUUUAGGGGUUUCGAAUUUGAUUUCAGUUCUGAUACACAAAAGCGGUUUUCUGACAUUUAUUAUUUUCAAUAAAUCAUAUUGCCUGAAAACAACACCAUACAGGUCUGACUGUGAAUGGUGCUCCUACAAUGGCAUCUCCUUGCAUUUUUUUACACAAGCCAACAGACGGCAGCACACUCUAAAAAUAACGGUUGCAAAGCUACUAAUAUGACUAGCACAAGUUUAACAACGUCAAAGUUCACUUUAAUCACUAAUUUGCUUGUGCGGUGAACGCAAUUAUAAGUAUACUAAUUUACAGAGGACAGAAAUAAACUUAAUGUUCAUUUAAUUUCAACGUUGCUCUUUGACGGCAUCUCACAGUUUCCGGAAAGACUAGCCGGACCAUAUUUGUCAGAU